AUGGUCGCUUGCUUGAUCGGCCUCCACUGGCUGACCUGUCUUUGGUUCGUCUCCGGCAUGGCUCCGAAUGGCUGGGUCUUCACCGAAAUUGAGGCGGACCUACUCGACCAGCCCGUGGUGGAUCGAUAUAGGAUUGCACUGGAGUGGGCAGUGUCGCGGAUCCCUCCGUCGAAGACCACGGACAACGUCCUCCUCACUUCACAGGCGGAUCGAGGCAUCGCCUUGUCAGCCACGGCCAUGGCUCUUCUGGCGGCUUCCAUCUUCACGUCGAUUGUGACUAACGACUUGUCGGACAUCCGUCGGGCGCAGCGUCAGCAGGGCGAGGCCGACAGUCAGCUAGCGGACUUCUUGGAAACCUUUCCCGUCUCCUGGACACUGGAGCGACAAUUGAAAGCCUACCUGAGGCAAACUGUACAGAAAGUUUCCUUACCGAGCAAGCGAGACAUGGCUGCGCUUCUACCCGACCUGCUCCAUGGGCAGCUCUGUUCGGAAGCACUGGGUGCCAUCAUUUACCGCCAUCAGAUGCUCACUGUUCUCAUGACAAAGUAUCCGAGCUUCCAGCGAGAUCUUUGUGUCAAAGGUCUUGAAGAUUGGACGGCAGCUCCAAACGAGGCUUUGUUUUCACCUGGGCUGCCUUGUCACAGCAUGCUCUUCGUUGCUUUCGACUUUGUUCUCUAUAGGAGGCGGGGUGCGGUGACAGCAGCUGAGCGAAGCAAUCCUUUGUCGGCCAAGACGUACACACUUCCUCGUGGCUCUUCUUGGGGCUCCAUCAUGCAAACGCCAGUGCCAGCUCCGAAGAAAACGGUUCUGGACACAGAGCCGUCCUUGCGUGUCAAGCGAUGCCAUUGGUUGUGUGAGCCGUGCUUAUGGACUGACUGGCACUACCACGGUCAUGCCGUUGCAGGCUCUUGUGCAAGCCUUCUCUGCCUGAGUCCUGCAUCACUUCUGUCCAUCACUUCAGGGCACGCGGAGAUAUCUGCCGAGCUUGUGAUUCAUGCCCGGCUCUUCCUCAAUGCGCUCAAUGAAAUUCCGGAGGAAGACCUCAGCGAUGUGCAGCAUGUCUUGUGA